CAGAUGAACAAUUCACUAAUUCCUCAAGAUGCAGUGAGCUGCAAUCUAAGGAAGAGUGGCCUGAAAAAACCUGUCGUUGCAUCUUCAUUAAAAAGGCAGGUCUGUGGUCAGCUGUUAGAUGAGGCACAAGUGACCUUAUCCUUUCAAGACUGGCUGGCCAGUGUCACAGAGCGCAUCCAUCAAACCAUGCACUAUCAAUUUGAUGGCAAGCCAGAACCACUGGUGUUUCACAUUCCUCAGUCCUUUUUUGAUGCCCUGCAACAAAGAAUAUCAAUAGGCAGUGCAAAAAAACGGCUCCCCAAUUCCACCACAGCUUUUGUUCGGAAAGAUGCCUUGCCACUGGGAACAUUUUCCAAGUACACCUGGCAUAUCACUAAUAUCCUACAAGUAAAACAAAUCUUAGAUACCCCAGAGAUGCCCUUGGAAAUCACCCGUAGCUUUAUCCAGAACCGGGAUGGGACGUAUGAGCUGUUUAAAUGCCCUAAAGUGGAAGUAGAGAGCAUAGCAGAAACCUAUGGUCGCAUAGAAAAGCAACCAGUGCUGCGACCUUUGGAGCUAAAAACUUUUCUCAAAGUUGGUGAGUGAGUUUCAAUAGCCCAUCUUCCUUUGGGGUUACCUGUGCUCAUUACACUGUCUCAGGCUUUGGAUCUUGACUUUAAUCAAAAAAACCACAUUCAUUUAUUUUGUAAAGGCAAUCAUAGGAUAAUGUGUUUUGUCUGGUUGAGUUAGUGCCUUCAAGAUAAAUUUUGUUUCCAAACAUUUUUCAGACUCAUGUUUCCAAAACACCCCAGCUGCUUUUUUCACUUAGUAAUACAUCAUUAACUGCUUUCUGUGUCUAUCUUCAGUGUUAUUUUUUAAAUGUUUUUAUUGUAAAAUAAACAUAGCAGACAAUUUAGAAUUUUAACUGUUUUUAAGGGUUUUCUGGCAUUGAGUAUAUUCAUACUGUUGUAACCAUCACCACCAUUGAUUUCCAGAACUUUCCAUCUUCCCAACUGAAAGCCUAUUCCCAUUAAGCAAUAACACUACACUUGCCUCCCCACAGCUCUUGUCAGCCACCAUCCUGCUUGUAUUCCUGAGAGUCUGACCACUGUCAGUAUAUCAUGGAAGGAGGAAUUAAACAAUAUUUGUCCUUUUCCAUCCAGCUAAAUUUACUUAACGUAAGGUCUCUGAGGCAUGUGUCAAAAGUUCCUUCCUUUUUAAGGCUGAAUGACCUCCCAUUGCAUAUAUAUAUACCAUCUUUUGUUUAUCCCUUCUUCUGUGGAUAAACAGUUGGGUUGCUUCAAUCUUUUGAUUAUUGUGAAUACAAAGUUACUUUUUUGUUUUGUUUGGUGAUAGGGAUUGAAUCCAGGACCUUGUG